AUGAGGCAUUAUAGUCGUUCUGACUUCGAGUUCGGCUCGCUCCUCGGUGUUGGAGCCUUCGCCCAAGUGGUGCAUGUACGGGAUAAGCUCACAGGAGACGAAUAUGCAUUGAAGAUACUUGAUAAGAAGACCUUGGAAAGGUUGAAUAAAACAGCACAAGUACUGAAUGAAAGAGACACUCUCACUAAGUUGAGAGAUUGUGAUAACAUAGUAAAGUUGUUUUUCACGUUCCAGGAUCGAACUUGGCUCUAUUUUGCGCUUGAGUAUUGUGAAGGAGGGGAUCUUGCUGAGGAGAUUGGCAGAUGGGGACGCGUCCCCGACGACCUGGCGCGGUUUUAUACAGCGGAAAUUGUAAACAUGCUUGUACAGUUGCGAUCAAAGGGUUUGGCACAUCGCGAUUUGAAGCCCGAUAAUAUUCUCAUUAGUAAAGGGCAUUUGAAACUAGUGGAUUUCGAUGUUGCUAAAGCUACGUCACCAAGUUUGGCUCUACAGUGUGAGAGGAGUGCCUCUAGUGGUGACACGAAGUCAGUCUCGUCGACUACGCAUAGUGAUGAUGAUAUGCAGCUGAGACGUAUGAACACCUUCGUGGGGACAGCCCAAUACGUGUCACCAGAGAUGCUCAGCGACUCAGCCGUAGCAGGGUUCGCCUCGGACCUAUGGGCUUUGGGGUGUAUCGUCUAUCAAAUGGUUGUGGGGUAUUCGCCCUUUCAGUCGGGUUCAGAGGAUCAGACCUUCCAAAUGAUCCUCGCGACUCAGUAUGAUAUGCCUGAGGAUGUCUCUGAGGAGGCACGGGAUCUCAUCAGCAAGUUACUGGUAUCAGAUCCGGCCGAGCGAUUGGGCUUUAGGAAUCUGGGCGAGUUAAAGGCUCAUCCCUUCUUUCGCGGUAUUGACUUCGCGACUUUACCCUUUACUCCGGCUCCUCAGCGAAUUCAUCAUGAUAGGAGUCAAUCGCUGAGUUACGGGAGCGUCGAGGACGAUAUGGGUGCUGAAUUCGGUAUGGCUUCCCAUACUAUGAGGAUAUCGAUAGAUGACAACUAUGAUCCGGAUGAUGACGAUGAUGAUGAGAGAACCCCUAUGGUAGGGCAGGUCUUUGGAGGCCACCAUGCUCAGCGUAUUAUGCCGUUUAAUUUUAUUGAGGCGGCCAGUAGGACGGCGAGAUCCCCGAGAAGCACUGAGAGUCAGCAGCAGUCUAGUGCCACUGAGGAUGGGGCUGAUGAGCAUUGAAUU